GCAAGCGAAGCCGAACAGAUGCAGCUCAACCGAUUCUUCGCGGCUGUCGAGAGGGACUUCGUCCACGGCGGAGACCAAGGCGUGCGUCGACAACCUAGACAUCAUCAUCAUCAUCGAAGGACCGAGAGCGAGGAGCCCGAAGUGUAUCGACACCACAGACGCCACCGUGUCACGGACGAGGAAGUCGAGGAAUUGCCUCGCCGACACUACAACGGUCAUCAUCACGAGGUCGAGGCCGAAGACCGUUCUCCUAUGAAAUACCGACGAGGCGACGAUGUUGACGACUUUGAGGAACCCAGGCACCACCAUCGACGCUACCAUCAUCAUCACCGUCGUCCUCAUCGCGAAGAGUACAGCGACUACAGUGAGGACCGGGACGAGGUUUACCCAGAGAACCACCGGAGACGCAACUACCACAACCACCGUCGCCACUACCACGACCAAGAGCGGAAUGAACGACAACAGGACGAGCAAGUCGAAUCCCAUCACCAUCGUCGCCACCCAAAUCAAUACGAGGACAACGAGGAGGUUCGCCCUGAACCCUAUCGUCGUCACCGGAGGCACGUCCGUCGAGGAGACAGUGUUGAAGAGUGAUUAGAGAAGGAAACCUGCUGCGAAUGAAUACCUAGGGAAGAAGCUGAAUCUAAUCUUCU